AUGAUUUCAACUGCUCCAACGAAGAAGUACCAGAGCUCAAAGAUGUCGAAAAUCUACAUUGAUUGGAGGUCAGAAGAAGGAGACGUACGUUGUCUGUCUAGUGUUUAUAUGAUUGGAACUCCAGAAAGAGGUGGAAUGAUUCCCAAUAAUCAUUAUGAUCGUAGUAUAUCUACUCGCUCGUUGUUUAUGCUCGAUGGAAAUGAUUUGGAAUGGUUGGGGACGGUAACGAAUAAACGACUGAGAAAAACGGCGGUGGGAAGUUUGACUGCUUUUAUGAAGAUUCGUCCCGAAAAACGAAUCUACAUUCGUUAUUUUCCGCUUGUCCAGGAUCGAGUAGAGAAGAAACGAGUGGUGACUGAUGAGGUGUUGGAGAUUAUUCCGUUGGUUCUGAAGCAGCAGAAAACUCCGAUUUCUGGGAAUGACAAAAGACUUAAGGAAUAUCGUCGAAAAUGGAAAGUCGGUGAGAAGGAAGGCGAAUGUGGGAGAACUAUUGAUAUGGAGGAGUUGGAGGAUGUCUUGGAGGAGUUCGAUGUGAAUAAGGAGUUGUUGACACUUGUGAAUGACACCUUCUUCACGGCGUACGCCAAGGAUCACAAGAGUGUGGGAACAAAUGUGAUAUAUUUCGCUAGCUUCUCGAUGGAUGAAGUCGUGUUCUCUUGCCACGCGGCCCUCCACAUUUUCCAGUCUCUGGUGAGUAACAUCAACUGGAAGUUGUUACUCACCUCCAGUGACAAUAAGAAAAAUGUGAAAUCUCUGAAGGAAGACAUUCUGACACACAUCUCUACAUUUGUGAAUAUGAACCCUGGCAGCUUAGUCCGUCUUGAUCACGUGCGCAAGAUUAUGCUGAAAUUGGGCCUUCUCAAAAAUCGAUUCAAUAUCUUGAAAGAUCCAGCUGCGGAUGGUGAAUUUAAAGAAAAAAAGUAUGGUGAUGUAAUCAGCACUAGUUGCUUUUACCGGGAGAUUGCUCGAUUCGGAUUACGAGAUUUUGGUUUCAAUCCAAAGCCGUUGGAUGACGAUAUAAUGGAAGUGAGCUUUGCAAGAAUAAAUAUUAUGUUAGGAUGGUUGGACUACUUUUUGGAUGGAGAGGAUAUGGUGGAAAUGAAGAGUAUGAUGAUGGAUGCAAUGACCUAUAAAAUGAAGAAGAGACAUAGAGCCGAGUUCUUCAACGUUUUGAAUUCUGCACCGCCAUCCCCCUCUCACCCAAAGUACACAAAAUCCAAGUUACGGGAGACCCAAAUGUCGAUGGAAACUGUUGGCACGAGACCCAACGGAGUCUACAUCGGUGUGACAAAAGAUUGCAUCGCAAUUGAACCGAAUCUCAGUAUGACACCGAGAAAGAACUGGGAGAAAAGAAAUAUGAAGUUGUUCAUACUUGAUGGAGAAGAUAUUUCAUCGAUGCGUAAUGGACAAUGGGAAGACGCUCGAUUGGACAGUUUGACCCAAUUUAUGAUCCAUAAACCGGACAAACACAUUUACAUUCGAACAUUGAAAACAGUUCUUGAUGGAAAAGAAGUAAAACGGGUGCAGUCCAAAGAUGUCCUUGAAAUCAUUCCUUUGGUAUUGAAACAACAGAAAUGCCCGAUUUAUGAUAUAGAUCUGCGCCUCAAAGUAUACAAAGAGAUGUGGAAGCCAGUGGAGCAUAAGAAGAGUCUUCUGCAUCAGACUAUAGACAUUGAAGAGUUUGAACGGGUACUGGAGGAAUUCGAUAUCAACAAAUCGUUGAUUACGAUGGUCAAUGAUGUCUCUUCGGAAAUGACGGCUCUCGCUCUCCAUAAAGACGGAACCACUCCAAUCAGCUUCCUUAGCCAUGAUGGCCAGCAAGUGAUGUUCUUGGGACAGGCAGUUCUCUAUCUUUUCCACAUUUUGAUAUCGGGAAUCAACUGGUAUCUGGACACAACGGAUGGUGAAUACAAAAAGUUGGUCAGAAGUGUCAUGAGACAAUACUCAGAGAUGGGGAGGAAUCUGCUCAUUCCCAUGCAACUCCUUUUAUCAGAAAUCACUAGUUUGUUAAAACACUGCCCUCCGGUGCUGAAACAACGACCUUCCGUUGGAGUCGCAGAUUUCAAAUUGAAAAAUAUUGGCCCUAUGGAAAAAGUGGAUGUCAAACACUACAAUAUUAUUUGUGGAUGUUUCAACUUGCCAUAUUCCCUCAAUACCUCUGAGGAUAGAACAAAGAAAUCACUUUGCCACAUUGCAAGACAAUACUUCUCGAUUGGAUUCAUCCAUACGUUCUUUUGUUGCAAGGACAUUGAGAUCAAGUAUAUUCUGAGAGAUGCGAUGAUGUGGAAGUCUCCCAAGGAGUCGUGGUGCUUAUUGUACCAAAUUAUGAAUAGCGCGUUCUUAUAUAACCAUGCAGAGACUAAGGAACUUUCAACAAAACUACUGGAACUAGAAGUAAAGAGUGAUAUUAAAGAUAUCGACUCCGAGAAGACAAAAGAGGAAACUUCUGUAACAACAACAACAUCUGCCAUGUCAAUGAAACCGCCUGCUUCUGAAUGUUCCGGAAAAUCCAAUCUUCUAAAACCUGUCUCAUUUGAACCUUACAAGUCGUUCCCCGAGAAGUCACGGAUUAGUUUGAAAGACGGUCAGGCACCCAUAGCUGUCUCGUUAUCUCCAGAUGGCUAUGUGAAAAUCAAAAGUUUUGGAACAAAUGACGAAAUGAAGAACUUUUGGGGAGGCCUUGGCGUCGACGGGCUUACUGACGAGCUAGGGGAAACUGGUCAUUUUAUUGGAUUCAAGGACAUGAAGUUGGUCAGAGGAGAUAGUUCUCAAUCGACUUCUGAAAAAAUGACAGCUGGAACAGCUACCCGACAGCAACUUUUGAAGGAGAGGAAAGCAGCGAAGCAUGGGAAAACUGCGCAAGCUGCCAAGAUCCCAAAAGUUUUCAAGCAUCAAGAAGAGCCGAAGAAUAUUCAGUCCAGUUCCGAAAUACUAGAUGCCCCUGGUGUGAACUUGAACAAAUUUGUGGACAAACCAUAUCGGAAACUGAAAAAAUCCAAAGCAACAAAUGUCCAAGAAAAUGGAGUUCAGACCGAUAUAACUUAUGUGAAAAUGCUAGUGAAGAACAUGGAAAACCAUGGAAUGACAAUAGGAAAAAUAGAAUUGGUAGAUGAUUUGGAAGGAGAAAUCUAUGGAACCGAAUCACUCUUUGAGAGUUAUUUGGAUGAGUGCAAUCAAAGAAGAAUCUACAAUGAAGGCUCAGUGACCAAAAAAUGA